AUGCACAUAUUUGACAUCUCCCCAGCUCCAGCUCCAGUAUCUGCAUCUCCAUCUCCACUCUCUCUGGCUCCAGCUCCUAUCUCUCCCUCUCCAGUCUCUCCCGCUCCAGCUCCAGUCUCUCCGGCUCCAGCUCCUAUCUCUCCAAUUCCAUCUCCACUCUCUCCGGCUCCAGCCUCUCCAUCUCCAUCUCCACUUUAUCCGGCUCCAGCUUCUCCAGCUCCAGUCUCUCCAGCUCCACUCUCUCCAGCUCCAGCCUCUCCAGCUCCAUUUUCUCCAUCUCCGCUUUCUCCAGCUCCAGGUCCAGUCACUCCAUCUCCAUCUCCUGCUCCAGUCUCUCCAGCACCAUCUCCAACUUCUCUAGCAGCCUCCCCGGUUCCAUGUCCGACCUCUCCAGUUCCAUCUCCAACAUCUCCAAAGUCGAUGUCGAAGACAUCAUUUCCUUGGAGAGAUUGGCCCAAGGAGAUGGUGAGACGUCAACGCACUUGGGCUGUUCCAUCUCCAGCUCCAGCCAUCACUCCAGCACCCUUCACUGUUCCACCUCGUCGAGAUGGUCGCGGAGGAUGGAGACGUACCCUUGGACAGCCACUACGUAUGUAAAGACACUUUUGACUGAAAAGUUGGCAAAAAAGAACGCAUGAAAGCCCCAGGGUUGCUUCAAGCACAAUCCCUUGUGAGCCAAGGAAGAAAACCAAGCACCAAAAACAAAACAUA